UGGGAUAUAAUCGUUGUAUAUAGUUUUGCAAUUUUGAAAAUGUCAAGAAGCUAUAAGUGGAUAUAUGGGUGUUAUUAAAUAGGUAUGAUCGAUCUUUCUUAAUUACAACAUCAAUUCCUACUCGAAGAAAUUAAAGAAAGCCAUACAUACAUCAACCUUAAUUCUUUCCAUGGCAACAAUGGAGAAUAAUCAUGUGUCGAAGUGGUUCGAUGUUCAAUCUGUGCCACAGAGCCACACUUACUCCAUUGAUCUCAGACCAGGAAAUGAUCCAAUCCCUACUUGUAAUAAAAUCCCAAUUAUCGAUCUCCAAAGGGAUGAUGAAGCAGUUCAACAAAUCAUCGAAGCCAGCCAAGAAUAUGGUCUCUUUCUGGUGAUCAAUCAUGGGGUGUCCGAGGAUGUAAUAGAAGAAACUGCGCAGGUGAUGGAGGAGCUUUUCGGUCUCCCACAGGAGGAGUUAUCGAAGGAUGCAAAAGAAACCGGUUGGGUCUACUUUUGCAGCACCAACUUUGUAGUCGCCGGCGCUUAUUUAUGGCGCGACAACAUUAAACAUACAUGCCAUCCUUUAAAGGAUUGCGUGCAACGUUGGCCGCGGCAUCCCAUUCGUUACAGGGAUGUGGUGGAAGCAUAUGUAAAGAAUAUUGAGAGGCUGAGUUUGAAGAUACUAGAGAUGAUAUGCCAAGGGUUAGGGUUAGAAAAAGACCACCUAGGAAGUAUGAGUGAGGUCAAAUUCUUGUCGGCGAAUAACUACCCCCCGUGCCCGGAUCCUAGCUUAGCCUUGGGAGUGAUCAAGCAUCAUGAUCACAACCUCAUAACCAUUUUGUACCAAGGGAAUAUUGAAGGGCUUCAAAUAAUGAAAGAUGGCGAGUGGAUUGGCGUCGAAGCUCCCCCGAAUUCCUUUGUUGUCAAUAUCGGCAGCCAACUCCAGAUUAUCAGCAAUGGGAAGCUAAAGAGUAUAGAGCACAGAGCAGUGCCAAAUUUGGAUCAAAAAAGGAUUACCAUUGCAACCUUCGUUAAUCCAAAGCCAGAAAGUGUGAUCGAACCGGCUAAAAUAUUAGUGAACAAAAAUAAUCCUGCUCGAUAUUCUUCCACAUCCUUCAAGGACUUUGUCGAUGCAACCAAGCCCUUUGGCCCUUACACUCAUGUACUUCAAAAUGAUGAGAAACAUUGAUAUCGAUCGUUAUGUGAAUGAACUUAGAGGUCUUUCGGUAAAUAAUGUUUUAGCGAUAUAUCCAAUCAAAGAACAACGCAAUAUAAAUAAAAUUAAAGAAAAUUAUUUUAUGCUACUA